AUGUUCCGGAACCAAGACAUGCAACAACUAGAGUUGAAGAAACUGAAGGAAAACAAAUCUAAACUGUGCCUCAGCAGCAGUAUUGAUCGAAAAGGCCUCGCUGGAACAGUAAGGAAAAAGUUCAAUACAAAUUGUGAAAUGUAUCAUUAUCGUGUGCCGGGCGGCGGUAUUAGACAAUUGCUAUGCGGUCUACAUAAAGACUAUACAUGGGCUGACUAUUGUGUGAUAAUAAUUGGUGUGUCUGAUUUUGAGACUCAAGACAAACAGGAAGAUAUGGGCAUUGAUGAAUUUGAUUGUGUGGAAAGUAGCAGUACUACCGAAGUGCAAAAUAGGGAUGCAGAAAACUGUGCCUCACAAGCGUCUUUAGAGAACAGUAACCCUGUAACUAAUUCUAAAGUGGUACAGAAAGGUCGAGCGAAAAACCCACCAGAAUAA